AUGUCCACGCCUUACAGCUCCAGCCAGAAGGCUGUCAGGCGGUUGCACGCCACGGCGCAGCACCUCAAGCCCGCCGCGGCUGCUGCUCAGAGCUACCCCACAACCCACGAGCGCAUCCAGUCGCCGCCCGACACGCAGAACUUCCUCGACAACAAGUUUGUUGCCUCAAACGCCUCGCAAUGGAUCGACCUGCACGACCCCGCGACCAACAACCUCGUCACCCGCGUGCCGCAGAGCACCGACGAGGAGCUCACUGCUGCGGUUGACAGCGCGGAGAAAGCGUUCAAGAGCUGGAGUCAGACCAGCUUGCUCGCGAGGCAGAGCAUCAUGUUUAAAUAUACGCAUCUGAUCCGAGAGAACUGGGACAGGCUUGCGGCGAGCAUCACGCUCGAGCAGGGCAAGACGUUUGCCGAUGCGCGCGGCGAUGUCCUGCGUGGGCUGCAGGUCGCGGAAACGGCGUGCGGUAUCACGACGCAGAUGACUGGCGAGGUGCUCGAGGUCGCUAAGGACAUGGAGACCAGGAGCUACAGGGAGCCAUUGGGCGUUGUAUCCGCGAUCUGCCCAUUCAACUUCCCCGCCAUGAUUCCCCUCUGGUGCAUCCCCAUCGCCACCGUCACCGGCAACACCAUCGUCGUGAAGCCCUCUGAGCGCGACCCCGGCGCGUGCAUGAUCCUCGCCGAGCUCGCAGAAAAGGCCGGCUUCCCCCCCGGCGUCAUCAAUAUCGUGCACGGCUCGGCGAAGACGGUCGACUUCAUCAUCGACGAGCCGCGCAUCAAGGCCAUCAGCUUCGUUGGCAGCAACAAGGCCGGCGAGUACAUCUACACGCGCGGCUCCGCCAACGGCAAGCGUGUCCAGGCCAACCUCGGCGCAAAGAACCACGCCGCCGUUCUGCCCGACUGCAACAAGAACCACGCGCUGAACGCCAUUGCGGGUGCGGCGUUCGGUGCUGCUGGCCAGCGCUGCAUGGCGCUCAGCACGCUCGUUAUGAUUGGGGAGACCAAAGAUUGGGUCCCUGAGAUUGCGGAGCGCGCGAAGGACAUCAAGAUGGACGGUGGGUUUGAGGAGGGCGCGGACUUGGGCCCCGUCAUCUCGCCCGAGAGCAAGAAGCGCAUUGAAGACCUCAUUGCCAGCGCGGAGGAGGAGGGCGCGACCAUCCUUCUAGACGGGCGCGGCCAGAAACCCGAGAAGUACCCCAAAGGCAACUGGGUCGGCCCCACCAUCAUCGCCAAUGUAAAACCGCACAUGCGGUGCUACAAGGAAGAAAUCUUCGGCCCGGUGCUCGUCUGCCUCAACGUCGACACCAUCGACGAAGCCAUCGACCUCAUCAACGCAAACGAGUACGGCAACGGCACUGCCAUCUUCACGCGCUCUGGGUCCACGGCUACGCGCUUCCAGAAGGAGGUCGAGGCGGGCCAGAUCGGGAUCAAUGUGCCGAUUCCUGUGCCGCUCCCCAUGUUCUCCUUCACCGGCAACAAGAAGUCCAUCGCCGGCGGCGGCGCGAAUACGUUCUACGGCAAGCCCGGGCUGCAGUUCUACACGCAGCAGAAGACGGUGACGAGUCUGUGGCGGAGCGAGGACGCCGUUGCGACUAAGGCGAGUGUGAACAUGCCGACGCACAGCUAG